AUGUCGCUGUCAACCACCACCGAAAUUAGCGCCUCGCUUCCCCCGGAAUACACGGAAGAUGCAUCCGACGUCCAAGAAACGCUGCAGCCCGAUACCCUGCGCCGAGCAGACCGCUUCAUUCACUCAGCCAACUCUGCCGAGACAGACUCUGGGGUCUAUGAAACCAAUCGCGAGAUCGACUCGCUCCGCGAAAAUGACCGUAAAAUCGAGUUCAGCCGUAUCGACUACUCCCUGAAGCGGAGGGGCGGAAGCGGCGGCCGCGACUCCACCGCGGCCCCAGAGAUCGUCGCGCACCCCAAACACGUCUUCAACAUUGAGCGCCCACCUCUGGUCGUCCAGGAGCCCUUCGCGUACUACAUCCGAGCCGUGUCCCGCAGCGGGAUAGGCGCGGUCGGGGUCAGAUUCUCCAAGAUUGGGAAGGGCAGCAUCUGCAAGGCAUGGCUCGUCAAGAGGAAGCUGAACGCGACGAGCGACUGGGAGGCAAAGGAGCUGCUGUUUGAUGUCAGAAUGAACAAUGACGUGUGCGACUGGAUGGACGAUAGCGGCAGGCGUCUUGCUGUUGAGGAAUCGAGAGAUGGCAUCAACAGUUUGAACAUCUUGGUGCCUUUAGAGAGGGCGAUGCGCGAUGCACUUGUCGCGACUUGGUGCGUGCGCCGCUGGGAAUGCAAGGCGCUGGAAUACCAUCAGAAACGAACAUGGAAAGAAAGUGAGUCGAUUUCUCUCUUCUCCGGUGUUACAUCGAGAACUUAG